CCAUCUCCGGGCGCGCGGUCUCUGAGGGAGUCACCACCUUAGGAGGUUUGCGGGCUUGCAGCAUGGCAGAAGACGAUCUUAAAAGGGCUCCGGAACCUGCCGGGCAGGGGGUUGCUGAAGAAGAGAUGGCAAGCUCUACUACUGAUUCUGGGGAAGAAUCUGACAGCAGUAGCAUUAACAGCACCACUAGCUGCAGCAGCAGCAUCAGUAGCAGCAGCGGCAGUAGCAGCAGCGGCAGCCGCUUGUACAGAAAGAGGAGGGUACCUGAGCCUUCCAGAAGAGCACGCCAGGCUCCAUCAGGGAUAAAUUUCGUGAACAGGCUGCCGCAAGCUGUCAGAAAUCGGGUACAGGCGCUCCGAAAUAUUCAAGAUGAAUGUGACAAGGUAGAUUCCCUGUUCUUAAAGGCAAUUCAUGAUCUUGAAAGGAAGUAUGCUGAACUCAAUAAGCCUCUAUAUGACAAGCGAUUUCAAAUAAUCAACGCAGAGUAUGAGCCUACAGAAGAAGAAUGUGAAUGGAAUUCAGAGGAUGAGAAGUUUAGUAGUGAUGAGGAGGUGUAUGAUGACGCCCCUAGUGAAAUGCCUCCCUUGGAGGGGGAGGAGGAAGAAGAAACCCCUAAAGAUAGUACUGAGGUGAAAAAUGAAAAACAGGCUCCUAACGAAAUUUCUGAUUCAGAGCCUGAAGAAAAAAAUAUUCCUAAAGAAAUUGCUGAAGUAAAGGCUGAUGAACAGAAACUUCUUGAAGAAAUUGCUGAGGUAAAACUAGAAGAAAACGAACUUUCUAAAGAAAUUCUAGGUUUACUAGUUGAAGAAAAGGAAGUUCCUAAAGAAAUUAUUGAGGUAAAUACUGAAGAAAACGUGCACUCCUCUGAUUGUAUGGAAACAACUCCAGAAAAGGAGGAGGACCCUGAAGAUGCCCCGCAGUCAAAGGAAGAAAAUAAAGAACAGCCCAAAGUAAUUGAGUCUAAGGCCAGGGAUACAGUGAGAGGAGCUUAUAAAAGUAUUCCUGACACAAGGCCUAAAGAAAGACUUAAUCUUAAAAGAGUUCGAGAGGGAAAACCUAAAAAGGAAGAUCCCAAAGGCAUUCCUAAUUAUUGGUUGACUGUCUUGAAAAAUGUUGAUAAACUUGGGCCUAUGAUCCAGAAGUAUGAUGAGCCCAUUUUGAAGUUCUUGGCAGAUGUUAGCCUGAAGUUCUCAAGACCUGGCCAGCCUAUUAGUUACACCUUUGAAUUUCAUUUCUUACCCAAUCCCUACUUCAGAAAUGAGCUGCUGAUAAAGACAUAUAUAAUAAAGUCAAAACCAGAUCACAAUGAUCCCUUCUUCUCUUGGGGAUGGGAAAUUGAAGAUUGCAAAGGUUGUAAGAUAGAUUGGAGAAAAGGAAAGGAUGUGACUAUAACAACCACCCACAGUCGCACAACUGCUACUGGAGAAAUUGAAUUCCUGCCAAGAGUGGUUCCUAAUGCAUCGUUCUUCAAUUUCUUUAGUCCUCCUGAGAUUCCUCAGAUUGGAAAGCUGGAACCACGAGAAGAUGCUAUCCUAGAUAAGGACUUUGAAAUUGGUCAAAUUUUGCAUGAUAAUGUUAUCUUGAAGUCAAUCUAUUAUUUUACAGGAGAUGUCAAGUGCUCCUACUACCGAGAUGGCAGAGAUUAUGGAAACAGAAAAUACUGGAAAUAAAAUAGGCCAGCUGAAAUAUUUUUCAAGAAUUUUACAAAAUUGAAACAAACAGAAAUAAAGCACCUUCAUGUAGACUUAGGGGAUAAAAACCUGCCCUAUAAUCUGAAUACUAUUAUUCCUAAUAGUCUAGUGUUGUGUU